AUGGAUAUCCCAGUACAGAUAGCUAUUCGACUUAAACCACCAAGCAUAGCUGAUUCUCUACAAUGUAUAUUUAGUAACCCAGUAACACAAAUUGUGAUUACGGAAAGUGGUCAAACUUUUCAUGUGAAUAGAGCUUUGCCUGGGGAUUGCACACAGGCCCAUCUUUUUAAUUCAUUUAUGAUACCUCAAAUUAACUGUUUCUUAGAUGGAUGUGAUACCUCAGUUGUUGUGUUUGGCCAAACAAAAUCUGGUAAAACCUAUACAUUAUUUGGUCCAGGUUUUGAAUGCAUACAUAGUGAAUGUGACCAAGGAAUAGUUCCACGGUUUCUAACAGAAAUAUUUCAUAGACUAGGCCAAAUGCCUGAGCGAGAAUAUAUCUUACAUAUAACAUGGAUGCAAGUUGUAAAUAAUAAUAUUUUUGAUGUAUUAGGAGCAGGCUUAGUAAGAUGCUCCAAUGUAGAGGAAGCUUUUCAAUAUUUACAAUUAGGAUGGAGACAAAGAUGCUUAGGAAAUAACCAUACAGUUUUUACUGUUAGUAUGGAACAAAAAUGGGUUGGAACAAAUGGUGUUCUAAAUCAUAGAAUGUCUACUGCUAGCUUUUGUGAUUUAGCUGCAUAUCCUGAACCUGGACUAUUUGCAUUAGAAAAUAUAAUAAGAGAACUAGUAGCUGGUAACCCACCAAAACAAAUAAAUUAUGAUCAGUGUAUAUUAACAGCCAUGCUAAGAGACUCAUUUGGUGGUAGAGCAUUUACCUGGGUAAUAGGUUGUAUAAGCACAGAGCCCGAUGACUAUCAAGACACUUUGAAAAUUCUCAAUUUGUCUUUAUGUUGUAGAGGAAUUAAAAAUUUUGUAACUGUAAAUUUAUUUGCUGAUAAUAAUACUCCCGUGUACACAGAAAAAGCUGCAAUACCAGCAGAGAAUGCAUUUAAUCUCCAAUUCGCAACCACACAGUGGGUAAAGCUAGUAUCAAAUGCAGAAGGACUAUUUAACAAAAUUCUACAGUCAAAAUCCUUAUCUGAAGCAGAUAUGAAUCAAGUUAGUGAAUGGUUGUUCCUUAAGGCUGAAUGCGAUGAAUGUUUAAAUAGUGAUAUAACAGUUGAUAAUAAGGAAACAAAUGCAAAACAAGGUUUGCCAAGAAUAGCAGAAGAUACUGAACCAAGUGAACCCAGUGAGUCUGAUGUGGAAUCAGACUCUGAAGAUAGUGAUUCAGAAACAGUAUUUCAGGAUAAAUUAGAAAAAUUUAUGGAAUAUUUUAGGGAAAAAAAUGAUCAGUUAUUUGCUGACAGGUGUGAGGAGUAUUUGAAUCAUAUUGAUUCAGAUGAUAUCACUAUAUCUGAAACGAGUGGUUCACAAUCUUUACCAGUAAUGACAUCCCAGUCUAAUUCUGGAAGACGGAGAACAAUUCAACCUGGGGAAAGUAUUUCAGGAGCUCAACUAGAAUUAUUAAGGAAAGUGGCAGCUAAAGCAAUAUCACCAGAAUCUCAGAAAAUAAUAAUAGAAUCUCAUAAAAAAGAUAUAGAUCCUGAACCAAAGUUGAUAGAAAGAGAGUUAUUAAAAAUGAUAGAUUCUCCAAAGACAAAUGAAAUUUGUAAAAGAUAUAAAAUGACUAAGGAAAAAUAUACACAAAAACAAAUUCUUGCGAGAAAGCUAUCUAAAGAGAUAAGUAGUAGUCAAACACAGUUAAAGGAGCUUAUAAAUCUCUGCAUAGCUAAAAAAAGACUUAUAGAUGAUUUAUCUAGAAGUAUUUCUUAUAACAGCAAAAAGUACUCAGAAAAAAUGGAAUCAAGUUUAGUUGAUCAAGAUGCUGUAAAGGAAAUGAAGAGGCAUGAAACAAACUUAAAAACAUACAAAAAACAAAUAGACCAAAUAAAAAGACAAAUAAAAAAGGAUGAAAAACGUAAGAAUACUUUAGAUGUAGAACUUCUUAAAGACAAACUUAAAUUAGAUGAACUUUCUGAGUCUUCUGUUGACAUGAAGGAUAAAAAAUCUCAUUCAAUAAAACAUUUUACUCAUAGGAUAACACAGUUAGAUAGUAUUUUAAAGGAAAAGACUAGUGAUUUAGCUAAUUUAGAAUUAUCGAAAGAGAAAGAGCUGAUGUUGCGGAAGGAGAUUAAAAAUUUGAGAAAAACAAGAGAAUGUUUACACGAGCAACGUUGUAGUUUAGGGCACAAACGCAAAAUGUACAAAUCACUAUCAGAUUCUGAGGAGCGCAAGUUAUUGGAAUGUGAAGAAGCUAUAGAAGCAAUAGAUACAGCAAUAGAAUAUAAGAACAAUUUAAUAUGCGGUAAAUCACCGUCUGCCUCAUUGUCCGACUCGCAAGAUAACAAGGAGUUUAGAAGUCGCGGCGAACAAAUGUUAAUGGCCAGGCUCGAUAAAUUGUCUCACGAUGAAAUAAAGACCUUACUCUAUAGAUAUUUCCAAAAGGUGGUGGACCUGCGCGGCGCGUGCGCGGCGCUGGAGGCGGGCGCGGCGGCGGCGGCGGAGGAGGCGGCGGCGUGGCGCGCGCGCGCCGCGGCCGCCUGGCGCCACGCGCACGGCGCGCAGCGGCGGCCGCCCGCGCACUACAGAUGUUUAGGCGGCGUUAACAUCGACAGAGCUCUUUCAUUGGGAUUGACGACUGACUCAGAGACGUCUGACGAUGCCAUGCGUCUGGUCGAUAAAGUCAGGCAGCUCGCGAGAUAUCCACCGACGCCAGUUAUUCCGAGUCAAAACUUAAGGCAACUCAUGCCGGCCACGAAUCUGCCGGUGGCCAAAGUCACGAAGGAGAAGAACAAACUGGUGAUAGUGCAGCAGAACAAGAAAAAC